AUGUCCACGGCAGUAUUUUGUAUAGUUAAUUGCCUGUGUCACUCUGUGGUGUUACACAAUCUAGUUGAGUUGCUUAGAUUAACUGUUACAGCGAUAAAAUACAUGUACGUCACUGUACGGUGUCACAAUGAAUUAUUCUUUGUAUUCUGUGGAAAAUUGAUCGGCAUAUCAUACGUAAUUUUAGAAAUCUGCGAAAAGAAUUUUAGACAUUUACUGCUUAUUCUAAGACAUGACUUUUGGUCUAGUCACAGAGCUUCGAAACUGUGCUCUAUGGUUGUAGAUAAAUCUAAGAUUUGUAUCUCACACUUAUUCCAUUCUUCCGCUUGUUUCAAACAUCGUCUGCAGAGCAGCCACGAUUUCCCAGGACGUAAUAAUUUACAGAUCUCAUACGCAUUCUCGUAUCAACGAUCAGCAAAUAAUCAAUAUUACUGUCACCGCGAAUUUCUCACAGUCAACCUCCCUGCUCAAACACAUAAUUUACAAUUGAUCAUCUACGGCAAAGUAAGAAUCCAGCCAAUGGACAUUGAUUUUUUAUUGACAAAAACAAAUAUCAAAGCCGCUAAUUACGUCGUGAAGAAUAAAGGAUUACAGACUGUUUACGUAUAUACACUGUUCUCGAUAGUCGAUAAUCAUCUUGCGGCCGAUCAGAUAGUAAUCGGACUGCGCAAAACGAGGAUGAAGUUCUACGCUGUUGUUUCCUUCGCCUUAUUCGCGGUCCAUCUGGUAGCCCCUGAACACUUGAGUCACUCAAGGGCUCAAAACAACAAGGUACUGAUCAACUCGCGGAUUACCGAUGGGCAGAAUGCUGUCCAGGGAGCUUAUCCUUACCAAGCAUCUAUUUGGUGGGGAUUUCCGCCGGAAAUCAACUCCACCCACAUUUGCGGUGGUGCAAUAAUAAACAGAGAAUGGGUCAUAACCGCGGGUCAUUGUCUCAGUGACCUGCCAGAGUAUGGAAGCCUGACAGUUUACGGGGGCAAAUACACAAUCAACGUCAACGAGUCCACUCAGCAGUCGUCGACCGUCAAAGAGCAGAUAAUCCACCCUCUUUACCAAGGAGGAGAAAAUCCUCACGACAUCGCCCUGCUCAGACUCACCACUCCCUUCAACUUCACCUCCGCCAUUUCUGCGAUCACGCUACCUGCCCAAAACGCCACGCACACCGGAAAUGCGGUCCUUACCGGAUGGGGUUCCGUAUCUUUCAACGAAACCAUCGUUCUGCCAACCGUUCUGCAGACUGCUACCGUCCCUAUAAUCACCAACAGCGCGUGCUACUCCGCUCUGUACAGUCUGAUUGGCGUCACGCCGCUCGACGACACGAACAUCUGCACCGGAUCUCCGAGCAACUUGAGCGUUACCUUCUGCGCCGGCGACUCAGGCGGUCCUCUUGCCCAGUUGAUAAACGGCGUGUGGCAGCUCGUCGGCGUUGUAUCCUGGGGUGUUUUCCCCUGCGGUGUUUCCGGCAUGCCGUCUGUCUACGCGCGGGUUUCCAAUUACACCAACUGGAUAACUGCUCAAACUGCUUAUUCUGUUAAUUUGAUCAACCCCCUAUCUGCGAAUGAGAUUUCAGUGAUAGGCCGCCGACACUUGUAUACAUGUCCAUAUGAGAAAAUAUAUAAAACGACGGUGAAACCUGGGAAGAUUGUCCAAAGCACGAUGAAAUUCGCCGCAAUCGCUUGUUUGGCUGUCCUCGCGACUGUAGCUGCCGUUGGUGAGGCAAACCCCACCUGGGCGCAAGUAAACGGUCAUGGUGCCGUCCAGGGUGCUUAUCCCGAGCUCCACCACCUCUUCGGCAACAGUCGUAUCGUAAACGGUCAGGAUGCCGUCCAGGGCGCCUACCCCUAUCAAGUGUCUCUCUGGUGGGGAUGGAGCAUCAUUAUUGCUGCCAGCCACAGCUGCGGUGGAUCCCUCAUCAGCGAGGAGUGGGUAGUCACUGCUGGUCACUGCUUCACCGAGCUCCCGAGCUUCGGUAGCACCACCGUCUAUGCCGGAAAGCACCUCAUCAAUGUCGUCGAAGGCACCCAGCAGUCCAGUGCUGUUGGCCAAACCUUCAUUCACCCGUCUUACGUUGGCGGUGUGGCACCUCACGACAUCGCUUUAAUCAAGCUCGCUAGGCCCUUCACCCUGAACGCUAACGUAGCCACCAUCGGUCUGCCAGCUGCAGGAACCCUGCACGCCGGAGACGCGGUCCUCUCUGGAUGGGGAUCCGUUUCCCAGACCAUAUUUCCGUCGAUGCCGACCGUUUUGCAGACGGCCACCAUCCCCAUCGUUGACACCCAAGUGUGCUACGACGCCCUGGCUAGAAUCGUCGCAAACCCUCCUCUGGUGCCAACCGCCAUUGACAACGUCUGCACUGGACCCCUCGACAACUCGAGGAUCUCUGCCUGCUCGGGUGACUCCGGUGGCCCAUUGGCUCAAUACAUCUCCGGAUCAUGGGAACUCGUCGGUGUUGUAUCCUGGGGAAUUUCUCCUUGCGGAACUGUCGGCGCACCGUCUGUAUUCGUCCGUGUAUCUGCCUACAUCGACUGGAUCAAUGGAAUAGUAAACUAAUCAAUUACGAUUAGCCAAGACCGGGGAAUACGGAAUUGAAUAUGAAACACCUAUU